AUGAGGCUAUUGCGUGUGUAUGAAGCGAGCUUAAAGAGAAGACCCAAAACAACGAACGCAAUAAUGACAGGUGUAUUAUUUGGAGUUGGUGACGUUUCUGCCCAAUUCCUAUUCCCAACAUCGAAAUUAGACAAGAGUUAUGAUUAUAAACGGACAGCUAGAGCUGUCAUUUAUGGUUCUUUGAUUUUCUCCUUUAUAGGUGACAAGUGGUACAAAAUCUUGAAUAACAAUAUCUAUAUGCGUAAUAAGCCUCAGUAUCACUGGUCUAAUAUGGUUUUACGGGUGGCUGUCGAUCAGUUGGCGUUCGCACCGUUAGGUUUACCCUUUUAUUUUACAUGUAUGUCCAUCAUGGAAGGUAGAUCGUUUGAUGUAGCUAAAUUGAAAAUUAAAGAACAAUGGUGGCCCACGCUUUUGACUAAUUGGGCGGUUUGGCCAGUGUUUCAAGCGGUCAACUUUUCUGUUGUUCCUUUACAACAUAGGUUACUAUCCGUUAAUGUUGUCGCAAUAUUUUGGAAUACUUAUUUAUCUUAUAAAAAUUCAAAGGUUACGGAAAAGCACAAGGUACCUGUUCAUUAUCCUCCAGUGGUUGAAUAA